AUGGUGCAGACAGAGGUGGGCGGGAGCCCAUGUGAGGACCUUCAAGCAGCUGGUGGCGCCGUUUACGUUCGACUGGGCGGCUCGACCGAUGCGAGCGUGAAGAACGAGAGCCGGUGGAACCCGGUCGAUCUUGCGACGGGUGUGACAAUUGCUGGCGAGUGUGGAGAAGAAGAUAACCCUGUCGCUCUCCGCAUCCAUCAUGGGACGUACACGCUGAUGGUGCCGCUGGCGCUGCCGGGCCACACGGCUCUCGACGGCGGAUAUGAGGAGCUGGGCAGCGGAAGUGGGCGCUGGCGCAAGUCUACCCAGCUCACCACCCGCCUUCAUCGGACUGGGCCCAGCAUGCACGAGGUAGUGGUUGGUGAGCAGUAUGCGUAUGUGGCUGUGGAAGCCGUUGGCGUCUCCGGGUGGCGGCUGCAAGAUCUGGUGGUGACCAGCGGGCCGGCGCCGCCUGGUCCAAGCUACGGCGUCUCGACGUACGGCGUCCACGUCAACGGCGCGUCGAACUUUGCGAUUGUGCGGUGUGACAUCCGGCCGGGCGAUGCGAGUGAUGGAGGGCCUGGCGCGCAGGGCGCGGCUGGGAAUCCUGGCUCACCUGGCCUGCGGGGUUCCCAGGGCCAUGCGACAGAGAACUCGGGCUUUGGCGCCGGUGCCGAUGGCGGCUCGGGAUCGACGUCGACAUCCAAGGGUGGCACUGGCGGGGCCGGCGGAAGUCACAACGAGAUGGCUAGCGCGGCAGGAGGCAGUGGCGGAAUCGGCGGUAAGCACUAUGACGGUGGCGUUUGGGGGAGUGUCGGCGAUGUGGGGAGCAAAGGCGCCGAUGGUGUCGACGGUAGUCCUGGCCUUCCUGGCCAGGAAGGCCGCCACUCGAACGGCUACUGGUUUCUUUUCCAGGGUGGCGAUGGCGAGCGUGCUGGUGGUGGUGGUGGUGGCGGCGGCGGUGGUGGCGGAGGAGGCUACGAGUCGUACGAUCUCAACCCCACUGUGCAAGACGGCACGGGUGGCGGAGGUGGCGGCGGGGGCGGUGGGGGUAGCGCCGGAUUUGGCGGCAAAGGUGGGCUCGGCGGAGGGUGCUCAUCGGCUGUGUACGUGGCAAUUGGGUCUGGCGGCGUGCUCGCCGAUCUCAAUGCUGAGCCUGGGUCUCCCGGUCAGGGUGGACCUGGUGGGCCGGGAUCGCCGCCUGCGCCAGGCGGUCUAGGUGGAUUGGGUGGGUUUGUGCCUGACGGCCUUGCCGGGCCCGGUGGGCGAGGUGGUGACGGAGGAGCGUCCGGCACCAGUGGCCCGGGUGGAGUCGGGGCAGUUGGCCUCGCCGAAGACGUCACCGAUCGCAACGGUGGCAUUGUACAGGUCCAGGGCGUGCUCCAGUAUGACUUUGCGAGUGAGCUUGACGUGACAUUUCCAGUCACGCCGCUUUGCGCUGGCACCGAAAUCAACAUCACCAAGUCGGACAAUUCGCCGUGGGUGUGGUCGUCCGGAGUCGUGGUGUUGGCGUCCACGCCGGAAUGGGCUGUGGCAGCAUUUCCCAGUCUCGGCCACCACAGUGUGCAGACGGCUGCCGCGGUUGUCCGUGACGUGGUGCAUGUCGCUGAGGACUCGCCUCCGCGCGUGAUUGUGACUCAAGGCAUUGCCGCCGAUCUGGGCGAUGUGCGGAUUGCCGGUGUCGGCACCCGGCUCAACGUCUCACUGGCAACAGUCUAUCCCGAGUUCCAGGCCGGAUACUCUUGGGAGCUGUCAGGUGACAUCUGCUCGGGCUCGGUUCUCACCGAGUCGAUCACAGGGCUCGAGCUCGCCUCGCCGGGAUCGUGCUCCAUCGUGCUGCGGGUCGGGACCGAGCGGUGCGGAAGCCUAGCGGCGGCGGCGCUGGUCAUUGCAACCGAUGUUGAUCCAGGAACUACAACAACGACGGCGACUGAAGGCCACGUCAUGCCUGCCGGCAACACGUGGGCGUUUUCGUUGACGACCCGCAACAAGGCCGGCAUCCUCAUCUCUAACCCGGCCAACGUGGUCGGUCUCUAUGACGUCGCCCUUAACCUCGAGGCCGGACCCGUGUCGGCCGCCAGCUUUGCAGGCGCUGGCGUGCACGAUGUGACGUUUACGACGACAGUACCUGGUACGUACACGCUCUCACUGCGCGUCAAUCUGGUGCCAUUGGCGACGAAUCCGUACACACUUGUAGUGCAACCCGGGCCAACGGACGCGGUGCAAAGCAGCGCUGGCGGUCCCGGACUCGUUGUGGCGGUUGUUGGCGAGCUUGCCACGUUUGAGGUUGUGACCCGCGACCGGUUCGGCAACGCGCGGCUGAGCGGCGGUGACGUGCUCUCGGCGCGGAUGGCGUCGGCUGAUGCCGAGGCCGCGGUCGACUGCGUUGACACCCAAAACGGCAGGUAUGCGUGCUCGUACACAGUUUCGGACGGGGGGGCAUACCUGCUGUCGGUCAGCAUUGGAGCGGUGCCUCUUCCCGGCUCGCCGUGGGCGCUCGAUGUGCUGGCGGUGUGCGCGCCGGGCUUUGUGGAGCUGACGCCGCUGGGUCCAUGCGUCAUCUGCGACGUCAACACGUACGCGGCGACGGUCUCCGAGUGCCUGGCAUGUCCAGCCAACACACGGUCAUCGAUCGGCUCGGUAGAGGUGGGCAACUGCACGUGUGCUGUCGGCUACUUUGAUGUGGAGGCACGAGUCGGCGUGGCGUGCGCCGAAUGCCCGAACGGCGGGUUGUGCGCGGGCGGGACGAAACAGCCGACGGCACAGCCCGGUUACUACCCCGGUGAGCCUGGCCAGUUUCUGCGGUGCUAUCGACGCGCGGCGUGUGCCGGCGGUGCUGCCCUGUGUGCGCCUGGCUAUCGCGGGUACAUGUGCAACACGUGCGAGGACCGUUGGUACUCUGCAGCCGAUGGUGCGUGUCGCAGGUGCCCAGACAUUGCUGUUGUGACGUUUUCAAGCUUUCUUGUCGGCGCAUUGAUUGUGGCGAUUGCGCUGGCGCUCGGUGUCGGCUGGUUUGUCUCGCGGGCAGCUGGCCAGGAGCAAGGCGGCGGAAAGACGCUGGCGGCACAUGUCCGCAAGUUCAGAACGGUGGUCUUGCCGGCAUCGCUCUCGAUGGUUGUCUUUGCCUUUCAGGUGGUGAGUGCUCUUGGAAGCGCCAAGUUUGGGUGGAGCAAGCGGGCGCGACAGGUGCUAGGUGCGUUUGAUGUGGCGAACCUGGACAUUGCGUACGGCUCGCAAUGCGUGCUUCGCUCGUUCUACGCCAAGUACGCCAUGACUAUUGUUGUUCCGAUUGUGGUCUUUGGGCUCACCAGCGCUCUGCUUAUCGCUCUGCGGGCCGUGUCGGGCAUGAGGCCAUUUACGCGAUUUGCACCGCUCGGCAACAUCUCCAUCCGUGUCUUGCUUGACAUGCUUACGUUCUCACUCGGGCCGGUGGCAUACCUUCCGCUCUCCAAGCUCGCGCUCAUCAUCUUUGACUGCACCCGGAUGCCAAACGGCAGCUACGUCCUCGAUGCCGACCCCGGCUCGGCAUGCUUCAACGGCUCGUGGUGGAGUGUCUUUCCGCUCGGCGCUGCCAUGGUCAUUAUCUUUGUCAUCGGCAUGCCGGCCUAUUUCGCCGGCAUGAUGUACGCGUCGUCGACGACUCUGUUCGAGCCCGAGACGACGGCGCGACUCGGAUCGCUCUACCGGCUCUACCGCAAGGCGUACUACUGGGGCGAGGUGGCAAACUUGAUCAAGCGACUUGUCCUCGUGUUGGUCCUCCUCUUUGUCUCCGAGUACCAGCUGACACAGAUUGGGCUGCUACUGGGCGUGCUCGUGGGCAACGUGGUGAUUCUCGCGCGCAUCCAGCCGUACUACAACCCGCUGUACAACAACAUCGACCUCUGGCUGCAUGUUGUUCUGGUGGGCGUGCUUGUGGUCGGCGGUGCUUAUCUCGAUCGCCGCGAUGUGGCAGUCGACUCGACCGUUUUGCUUGUCAUCCUCUGUGUCAUUCUCGCGGUGCUGGUGAUGGUGAGCUUGUGUGCCAUCGUUCUCGACCUGCGGCACAUCCGGCGGUCGCGGUCGAACGAGUUUGCAACAACCGAGAGCAGACACUCGCGGAUCGUGGCGAUGAUGACGACCGAGUUGCAUGACUUUGAAGCCGACGCCAACCUUCUUCGAGCAACUGGUCAGUUUCUUGCGGUUCUCGACGACACGGUGCAUCUGCGCGAGGUAGCCGAUGCGCGGCAGAGCACGCGGCAGCGGCCGAUGACACUCACCUCAAUCGAGCUUGAUGAGCUCAACUUUGCCCUUGAUGAGAACGAGUUUUCGGCCACGGAAUGAAUUAGUCACAUGCUUAC